AAUUUCCUGAGCGCGUUGUGUGCGAGGAAGUGAGCAGCAGCCGGGCUGAGGUCAGACGGGGAUUUUGCUUCCCGAGCCGAGGCUCCUACAGUAGUUGCCUCCGGUUCGGAGCGGCAUCAGGACGCCGAGCUGCGCGCGUCAGGAUCGAGCACCUCUCGAGAAGGCGUUGUCUGUUCCCAGCCACACCCACUUUCAGACCCUGAUCUUGCUCCGCUCCUGACGGCUUUUUCUCCAGGCGCCCGUGCUGCCGACCGGCGCCCGCUGGGAAAUGAAGUGGAUGGUGAUCGUCGCCUUGGUCCUGCCGGCCUGGUCCUCCCCCUGCAGCAGCAUGGCUGGGCGCGAUGGAGAGGAGGGCCUCUGCCACGUCCAGCAUGGUGCGCUCGGCACUGACCUGCUUCUACAUUGCGACGCUCCCGGCGGGAGGGUGGAAUGGAGAGUGAAUGGCACCAAGGUGGCCACUUCCGAGGCCACAGCGGGAGGAGACAAGGACCAGCUCUUGUUGCAGAACGCCAGCCCGGCCCAGGAGGGGGAAUACAGCUGCCACCACCCCGGCACUGGGAAGACCCUGCGCAGGAUUCGGCUGCGGGUGGGCUCGCCCCCCGAGAAGCCUGCUGUUGAGUGCUGGGCUGUCAGUUACCCCCAGACCGUCGACUGUACUUGGAAGCUGGCGUCUGAACCGCGCCUGGAGACGUAUUUCAUCACCACGUACAGGCAUGGCAUGGGGGCCCAGGAGAACGAGUGUGUCCAGCCGGGGGCCGGGGCCAGCAGCUGCUCCAUCAGUGACAUCCAGAUGUUUUCCAUCACCCCCUACGUGCUGAACGUGACGGCCGUGAACCCGCUGGGUGCGACGAUGAACCUCUUCCCCUUCAUCGUGGAGCAGAUCAUCCGGCCGGAUCCCCCGGAAGACCUGAGGGUCUCCCCCAUCCCUGGGGAGCGCAAGAAGCUGCUCCUGGAGUGGCAGCCGCCCAGUUCCUGGCCCUUCCCGCAGUACUUCCCACUCAAGUACCUCAUCCGCUACGCGAGGGAGGGAGCCAACAGCAACCGAACGAUCGGGCCGUACGAGCAGACCUCCUUCAUCCUGACUGGGAUCCACCCCAGAGCUGUUUACCACGUGCAAGUGGCAGCCAAGGACUUCACGGACUACGGCGACUACAGCACCUGGAGCCCGCUCGUAUCUGGCACCCCCUGGACACAGCCGUGAGCGGGGUUGUCUGGUGCGGCCAGAAGCUCUCGCGCCUGCCUCCCAGCGGGGUCAAGAUUUGACUUGCUUUUGCCUUCACCUUCCACUCAGGUGGCUGUAAUUCACCUGACAGAAAACCCAGGAGCUGGGUUGGGAUGGGAGAGGGUCCCUAUGCUGAGAUUCUCCUUUCUGCUGCUGGGCUCUCAAAACCCCUCUGUCCUUCUCGCCCCCAGCCCGCCACGGGUAACAGCGCCCACUUCUUGCCAACCUGGCUGCUGGGGCUUUGUUGUUGUUGCUGCCCCGUGUAACCCACUGCGGGAUUCAACCUGCUGUGGGCCUCAGACGCUGGGGACGAGUUUCCUUGGAGCAGAGGAAGUACGUGCCCCACUGGUAAGCGUGUGGGACGAGGCCCCCUCUGGGCCGGUUCACCGAGGACAUGAGUCUGGUGCAGUCCCAUCUCCGGAGCAGCGUUUCUGCUUUCAGCUCGGGAGGUCCCCAGGGUGGCUGUGUGUGUCAGUGAACCCUCCCAACUCAGACCAUGGUUCCCAAGAGAGACGGGGCUACAUUCCAGCCCAAAUCCUGCUCUUUGGACAAAGCAUGGUUCAGCUACUGAGUCAAGCCAAGCUGGCAGCAGGAGGUGCCACUCCUUCCCCGGGCCCCUCCCUCAAGGCUGGCAGUGGCCAGUUCACUUCAAACGCCCCUUUUGUCCUCUUCCUGAGCCUAGUUUCCCUCCCGCGCCGGCAGACCCUCUUCCCAGUGCCCAGUGUCUUCUGGUUUCCUGCCCCUUCUCCGGCCAGUUCCCUUCCUGUCAUCCUCUCCCAUGAUGGAUGCCCUCCUCUCCCUGUAUCCCUGUCCUCGGUGCCAGACCCACCAUCCAACUCCUAAAGAGGAGACAGCACGGGAGGCCCUGUGGACCAAAUCAUGGUGUUGUGCCACCGGCUUCUCGUCUCCCAUCUGUCAGUGCCUUGGAACUGUGCAAGUAUUAUCUGGCUUUGCAGCGAAUUUAUAAUGAGCACCAGCUGACCUUGUAACCGAUUGACAUGUGUGUGAUGUCACAGGGAUAGGAGUAUCCCAUGUCCACAGGCAUAGCUUAUAUGUCUGGUUUUCCUAUCGAUAAGGCAUCUUGUAAUCAGGUUAAACAUAUUUAGAAUAACCAAAAUACUCAAAGAAAAUAUGCAUUUUUUAGCCAAAGAAGUCAGAAUGCUCGGGCAUUCUCUCCGAGAACAUGCUCUUCAAUGCAGAAUGUGUACUGUAGAGAAAUCAAAAAGCGAAUGGAUAAAAGAAAUAAAU